UUUUCCUUUUUUUUUUUUUUUAGACAAUGACCGAUUCAACUAUUUGGUUUCAAGGUUCAAUGAAUGACGCAGUUCAACUAGUCAAUACCAAAAAUUGUCUUUUUAUUGUAUUCCUUUAUGAUGACUCGGACACCUCGACUCAAUUAGAUCAACUUUUUACAAACUCCAAAGUGCAACAUAGUUUACAACCACACGUUUCUAUCAAACUAGACCGUCGUUCUGAGAAUGCUCAACUCUUUGGUCAACUUUAUCCUAUUCAACGUGUACCAAUGGUGUAUUUAAUCAAGCAAGGUAUCAUCAAAGACUUUGCUAUUGAAACUACUUCUGAACAAGAUUUCAUUGAUAAAGUAAAUCAGCUUACCGCGACAAUUACUACUACCUCUAAUAUACCUACAACUGCUACCCCUAUUACUACCCCUGCUACAACUACCACUCUUCCUACCAAUACAUCGUCAUCUUCACCAACAACAGUGGCGUCGACUUCCACCACAACCAACGCUUCUUCUAUUGAAAGGGCAACUACGGAAAGUGAAGAAUUAUCGUCUCAAGUGACUAAUGAUACCUUGGAUAGAAAAGCUAGGCUUAAACAACAAAUGGAAAAAGCUCGUGCUAAAAGGGAUGAAAUGGAAAAAGAGAAUGAAAAGCAGCGUGAACUGAAGCGACGACAAGAUGGAAAAGAAGCCGAAACAACAAAACAACAAUUACAAGAGCAACAAAAUAAGAUUUAUUUUGCCAAAAUCAAAAAGGAAAAGCAAGCUGAUGAGGAACAUCGAAGAAAAAUCAAGGAACAAAUUGCACGGGAUCGCGAAGAGAAAAUCAUGGAACGUCGAAAACAACAACAACAGCAACAACAAACGAGUAAUUCAUCUUCAUUCUCAUCACUAUCAUCAUCACAGGGUACAAAAAAUCAUGAUACUUGUCAUUUGAACAUCCGGCAAGUGGAUGGCGUCAACAUACGACAUAAAUUCAAUGCUCACGACACUUUGGGACAUGUACGAUCAUGGAUUGAUGAAAAUCGAACGGAUGGUGAUCAACCUUAUAAACUAUUGGCACAGUUCCCCACGCGACAAUUUACAGCUGGUGAUGAAGAAAGAACAUUAUCAAAUUUGGAUCUUCUUCCCAGUGGUACCAUUAUCAUGAAAACAAUCAAGAAUGUAGCGACUGCGUAUCAAUCCGGAUCUGGAUCAACAGCGACAUAUUAUGGAGGAAUGAUGGCGGAUUAUGUUUAUUCGGCUGGAGGGAUGGUAUAUAAUACUCUUAGUAGUGUAGGCAAUUCAGUCACCAAUGCCUUGGCAACCGUCUUCAAUGCCGUUGGACCGUCUAUUGAAUCCGAUGGACAUAGAUUAGGUGGUCAACAUACUCAACAACAGCAACAGCAACAACAACAACAAGAACAGCAACAGCAACAAUCAUUAUCUCCUUCUGGAUCAAGGCAAAUACAUGGCAUCAAUACUUUACGAAACAAAGGACAAGUCAUAGAUAAUGAUGAUGAUCGAAAAAAGACAUACAAUGGAAACUCAGUCAAUCAAGAAUAGUUUAUUUUACUCACUAGUUUGAAUUCCGUUUAUAUUAUAUUGUUACUACAUUGAUAUCAAUAAAAAGAUAGAUAUGUGUGGUUUUUACAACAUGUUGUUG